AUGACGGGAGAUACGCCCGCGACUUACACCGUGACUGGGCUCCACUGGUUUGCGCUGUCCGCGACAGUCGCGCUGCUGUGCUGCAUUUGGUGGAUUUCGGAAGUACCAAGUCUAUUCCAAAAAAGCCGCCAGAAGGAAAUCAGCCAGUACCCAGAAUACGGCGCAUAUGAGUUCGACGCCGCACCGCCCGUGCGGCACCGACCAUCUUGGGGUCUGGGCACCUUUGUCCGCAAUGUCAUGUGGAGCUGCCUCCGGUCUCUCCAGCCAGGCUUCGUGGUGCAGCUCGUCCGGCGGUUUGAAUCCAAUCACAGGCUGUGGGCAGUACGAUACUACUUUGGGCCGGGCACGAGCUCCGAGCAUAUUCCUGGGUUGAGCGUGGCUGGCUAUAUCGGCGCAUUGCUGGCAGAGAUGACGCCGCUCGUCAUCCAGGCUGUGCUCAUCUAUGUCGGCUCGACGAAUUUCGAUCGCAGCGGAAGUCUUUUGAUUCAAUUUUGGAUCAUCGGCCUCUUGCCGAGUGCUGUGACGGGACUGAGCAUGAUGCUGGUCAGUUGUCUUCCAAGAUCUGCUUGGCGGAUGGCUUCGGUCGUCUUUUUUCUCAGUUUCCUCGCACUGAGCGCGUCGUUUAUACUCGCAUCUGCCUUUACCGCCCGCGGCUAUGGAGUUUUCAAGUUCAAGGCGCCGUUUGGCAUUAUCAUGGCCGCGGCGUGGCUGCUGCACAUGGUUCUCUCCAUCGUAGUCGGCUUCCAGUGCAGCAAGGGCGUGCACUGCAUCGCCCUGCUGCUUACAGCGGCGCUCAGAGUCGCGCCGAUGAUUCUGCUGGCUGUCCCUCGGGGCGCGUAUGCUAUCCCAUACCCCGGGGUCAACGCGCCGGCAUUCGCCAUAUCAAUUAGCGUCAUUGCUGGCGGGGUCGUCUUUGCGCUGGGGGCCACGGCACUUGUGCGCUGUCCGGUAUGGGACCAUCGCCAUGUUCUAACAAGACAGCGUCGACGACGGGACAGGCGCGGUCAACGCGAUCGAGAAGGCGGCGGUGGUGGGAGCGGAGGGGGUGGCGGCGAUGGAGGAGGCUGGAAUUUUGAUGGCGGUGGUGAUGGAGGCGGUUACGGCGACGGUGGUGGUGAUGGAGGCGGUGGUGAUGGCGGAGGUGGAGGAGACGGUGGUGGUGGUGGCGGCGGGGGUGAUGGAGGUGGGUGA